CUAGGUCACAGACUCAGAGCGAAGGGACGACGAGACGCACCUGCCAGGUCUACACGCGCCGCCGCCUCCAGGACCCUCCGCCCCUCGCCGCCGCCUCCAGGAUCCUCCGCCCCUCGCCGCCGCCUCCAGGAUCCUCCGCCCCUCGCCGCCUCCGUCCUCCACUGCAGCAGGAAGCAGAUUGAAGCUAUGGCCUUGGUUAAUAAGCUUGGUAAUCUGCUCAAGAAGGCCACUAGCUCGAAUCCGACUCUCUAUCAGGCAAUAAGAUGCAUGUCAUCAUCGAAGCUCUUCGUUGGAGGGCUUUCCUUUAACACAGACGAGGGCAGUCUGAGAGAUGCCUUUUCCCAUUAUGGAGAAAUUAUUGAUGCUAAGAUUAUCGUAGAUCGCGACACUGGAAGGUCUAGAGGUUUUGGCUUUAUAACUUAUGCAGCAGAAGAACAGGCUUCAUCUGCCAUCAUGGCCUUGGACGGAAAGGAUCUACAUGGACGCAACCUACGGGUUAGUGCUGCCACUGAGAGGACCGCUGGCUUCCGUAAUGGUGCUGGUUAUGGAGGUGGUGGUGGCGGCUUUGGAGGAGGAUAUGGCGGUGGUGGCUAUGGAGGAGGUGGUUAUGGUGGCAACAGUGGUGGUGGCGGCGGCUUUGCUCCUGCUGGCGGCGACAACUUUGCUGCCGGCAACUUUGGUGGUGACCGUGGUUUCGGUGGAAACCCAGCUGGAAACCAUGGUGCUCCUGCAGGUUCCACCAGUGGUGAUGAGUUCUCCCUUGGCACCCCUGGUUCCAGCUUUGAAAGCGCCAAGAAUGACGAUGUCAUGGACGACCUCUUCAAGGAUGAUGAACCUGACAAGUACGCCAGCAAGAAUUUCUAGGGCUCCAGUCUGCAUCUCCUUCUGCAAGUCCCUAGUUAUGUACCUUGGAUAAGUGUGAGGUGAAUGAUCCUCCAGACCAGAGACUACUUUCCGGAUGACUGUCUAGUAGAGACCAAAUAACUUACUCGAGUACCUGCGUUGAGGUGACAAUGAGAAUGCACUUUCAGUUUGCCUGAUUUAGCAUGUUUUUCGUUCUCUUCACAAAUUAUCCUUCAGCAGUGAUGAUAUUUUGGGGAUCAUGUUUGGAACCGUUAGUUUUGUGGUUUCAUCAACUGACCUGAAGCUCAUUCUGAUAAUGGCCUGACAAGGGUUACCCAGAACAAUUUGAUUGGUGGCCACAAGGAUCAUAUUGUUUUCUGUCA